UGGUAUGCCAUCUGACAAAUCAACAUCGCACUACUUGAGUACAUUUCCUCUUAAUUCUUCUUUUGAAAGACCAAUUGCUCCUCUCUCUAUUAGUAAGUAUUGUUGUUGAAAACUGUUAACCAAAGAAGACUCUUAGAGGUAUGGAAGAAGGUGAUAGAUUUGUUGGGGUAGCAGUGGAUUUCUCAGCGUGCAGCAAGAAAGCUCUGAAAUGGGCCAUUGAUAACAUUCUUCGUAAAGGGGAUCAUCUUAUUCUCGUUACUGUUCGCCCUGAAGGAAACUAUGAAGAAGGCGAGAUGCAGCUUUGGGAGGCCACUGGUUCUCCUUUAAUUCCUUUAUCUGAGUUAUGUGAUGGCCACACAAUGAAAAGGUAUGGGGUUAACCCCGACGCUGAAACAUUGCAAAUGAUAACCCUUGCUGCUAGGCAGAUGGAGAUUACAGUAGUCAUGAAAAUUUUCUGGGGAGAUGCUCGAGAGAAGUUAUGUGAAGCAAUUGACAGAACUCCCUUGAGCUGCCUGGUCAUAGGGAACAGAGGGCUUGGAAAGAUCAAGAGGGCUAUUAUGGGCAGUGUAAGCAACUAUGUGGUGAAUAAUGCUACGUGUCCUGUUACUGUUGUGAAGAAUGCAGAAGACUAAUUUUACAAUAUGCGGAACUCAACUGGCAAAGCUGAAAAGCUUAUGUUAAAAUAAUCGUGUCUGUUUUCUACGCUUGGUGUCAGAUCAAACUAUAACUUCUAUAUUUUCGUAAAUAUUGACAAUGUAGUUGUGUGUAUUGUGUACUUUCAUGUUGAACCUCUGUAAUUCCUGUCACUAUGGAUUGCUGCAGUAUAUAAACUUUUUCGAACUCCUUCAA